AUGAAUUAAACAAAUUGCUUUCCUAAAAUCUAAAAAGCUUAAUCAACAGUAAAGAAUUUAGAAUUUAUAUAGGCGAAACUUUUAAUAAAAACAGAUUGGGAUUAGAGUAUAAAUUCAAGUAUUCCGCUUACUAUUAGAGCAGAAAUGUCAUCAAACAGAAUAAAAACUGAUUUAACAAAUAAAAACUUUUAAAGUAAUUCUGAUGUUUCUUACCUAAAAACAAAACAUAAAAAAUUUCAAUCAAUUGAAAGCAACAUCUAUAAAGAUCCAGAACUAUCUUAAACAGUAAAAAGUAUAUUUAAUAACAAUAGAAACAUGAUAAAUCUUUGCAAAGUUUUUAUAGUACUAUGUAUAGAAAAUCAUAAAACAAAUUACAAUUCAAUAAUAAAAUUGAUAAAACUACUAUUAAGUGUUAAUGGUUGGACUUUGAAGAUUUAUUAAAAGAUAAGAGUUUGAUGUAGAAUGGGUUGUAAAAAUACUUUUUUGAUAUUUUGAAACAUGAAAUAAAGCAAUAAUCAAAUUAAUCAGUUAUUCCUGCAAAUAGAUAAUAAGCUAUAGAUUUAAAAGAGUGGUUAUUCUAUAUGCUUUAAAGAACAAAAGAUUAAAGCAAAAAUUUAAGUGGUAUAUAAAUAGCUGAAGAAAUUCAACUAAUUUAUACAACAUGUUUUAAAGAAAUUAUAAAGUAUAUAUAAUAAAAAAUAUAGAUAAGUAAAAGUUGAAUGUGUAGAGAGAGGUGAAUUACUUUAAAUUAUAUGGGAUUUUUAUAUUUAGUUAAUUGACUAAAUAAUUAAGAGUUCAAAUUAAUAAAUGUAAGGUAUAGAAAUGGAAAUGAAAAAUAAAUUGAUUGAUUAAGAGACGUUUUAUAAUGAACAAUUGCGUUUUUAAGAACUUAUUUAUAAUGAAAGUAAGAGUUAAAUCAAAUAACUACAAUUUGAUUACGAGAGGACUUUAGAUGUUGAUUAACAGUAAAAAGAAUAGAUAUUAUAAUUAACAUAAGAAUACAGAGAAGCAUUAGAAAUAAUAGAAUAACAUAGAAAAUAAAUAGACGAAUUGUAAUUAUAAAUUGUUAUGUUGAAAACUGAAUCAAUAAAUGAUACUAAAUAAGAAAAUGAGAAAAUAAGUAUUCAACUUUAAUAGGGAUAGUCAAUAGUUUCACAUUUAAUGAAUUUUCAAGCUAAAAUUGAUAACAAUUAAAAAUAUAGAAUAAAAUCUCCAUUUAAAUCUUAAGGUAGUAAAUCUCCAGGUAGAUCACCUAAAAAAAAUAGUAUAAUAUUUGAUAGAUGGGAGUAACUUAAGAAUUAAGAAAAUUAAUUGAAAUCAUAGAUUAUAUCAUUAAAAUAUUUAGAUUUUGAUAAAGAUUAACAGCCAUCUUAAAAAAAUAUAUUGUAAUUAAGUGGAACUGAUGAUAAAGCUAUUUAAACAGAAGAUUAAUAAUAAUGGAAUAUAUAAAAUAACAUUGUAGAAAAAUUAAAUUUUAAUAAUAGUUAAAAUAUAGUUAUAGAAGAGAAAAGUAAAGUAGUAUCUAAUGAUUUGGAAUAAAAAAUAACUAUGGCUUUAAAAUUAAUUUAAGAAAAGAAAUUAGACGAGAAUUAAAAACAAUUAUUGUGUAAUACUUUAAGUGAAAGUAAAGAAGUAUUUGAAUAGAAUAAAACAUUAUCCUAGAAAUUAAUCACAAUGAAUAAAUUGGAUUCUAUGAAUAAAAUUGAAUUAAUGGAAAAAGAAGAAUUAUGUUAGGAGUUAGAAAUGAAGUUAUAAUAAACUGUAUAGGAUUUUAUUUUCAUUAUUUCAAAUAAUAAAAGAAAAUUGCAUAAAAUAUUGAAAAAGAAUUCUUAGUUGGUUGGAACAUUAAAAUAAAUAGAGAGUAAAUAUGAAAUUGUUAUUAAUGAUGUAAAAGCAAUAGAAGAAGAAGAAAGUCGUAUUAUAAAUUAUAUUAAUGAAUCUGUUUAAGAUGGGGAUGAUAAUUUAUUUAGUGGAAGAGAAUCUUAAAUUCUUGAUGAUGAUGAUUUUAAAUCAAGAAACAAUUCAAUUGAGAUGUAAGAAUCAAUCUAAUUAUAACCAUAACAAAAAUAAAAAUAAAAUUAAAAAUAAUUUAAAAAAGUUAAUUCUGAAACUAGCUCUUAGGAAUAAUAAGAUAAACUUGACAAAAGUUUAAAUAAUCCUUUUAGUUCUAACAAUUUAAAUGAUACUUAAAUGUAGUUCCAUCAAACCAUAAGUAAUACAGAUGAAGAGAAUUUUAAAGAGUCAUAAAAUUAGAUAUUAUCUAUUCACUAAUAAUUUAAUAUGCUAUAAAGCAAUCAAGAAUAUAAAUCAUCAAUUGUUAAUAAUCCUAAAAUGAAAAAUAGUUUUAAAAAAUAAUAAUCAGUUUAAAAAUUUACAUAGCCUAGUGAAUAAAAUAAACCAUUAAAACAUCAUAUUAAAAAUCCCAGAAAUUAAUUUGACAAUAAUUUAUAGAAAAUUCAAAAUAAUAAUAAUUCUAAAAGUAAUCUAUAGAAUUAAAGAGAAAGAGAUGAAAAUACCAGAAUGCGUUAAAGUUAAAGAAGUUGUGCCGAAUCUGAAAAAAAUCAUUUAGAAGAAGACAAAGAUUGUGCAUAAAGAAUUAAGGAUAUUAUAUCAUAAUAUAAAGAUAAGUAAUUAACUAAAAGUAAAUUUGAAAAUCAAAUAUUUAGAUUCCUACAGUCAUAAAACUCGUUAAUUUAAUUUACUAUAAGAGACAAAGUAACCAAAAAAAUUUAGAAGAGUUUAUAGUUAAAAUACGGAUGUAGCAAAUACCUUAUUUAAAUAAGUAAUUAAAAGCAAAAAUUUAACCAAAACCUUAUCAUUUCUUCAAUUUAACAAAAUUAUUAAUUAAAUUUUAAAUGAUGUUUCAAAGUAAAAUGAAGGAUAUAAAAUCCCUUUUCAUGUUUGUAUUUAUGAUUUCAUAAAAAAUAAAUAUGGAUUUAAAUAAGUUGCUGAAAAAAAAAUAAAAUAAGUAUUUUUAUUUCUCUAUUUUAAAGAUUUAUGAAUUUAUUGUUUUAGAAAAAGAAAAGAAUAUAAAAGUUUAGUUAAUUUCAAAAUAUUGUAAUUUUAACGAUGUAAUUGAUGAAGUUGCUUAAAAACUUUUGAUAGAAGCAUUCUUAUUCUUUAAUAGUAAGAUUGAAUCAAACAAAACUGAAUUUUAAAUUACAUUUGAAUCAGCAAACGAAUUUUUGACUGAAAAAUCUUAACUUUGGUUAUAAACCAACUAAAUAUAAUAGUUAUAAACAUAAUAUAAAACAUAAAAUUCAUAAUAUGGAUCUAAUAAGUUUUGUAUUAAUUAUGACUAAUUUAUUUUAAAGAUUUUAGAUUUUUAUAUUUUUAACAAGCAAGAUUAUUAAAGAAUAUUAGAAACUCUAUUUAAAGCUGCAGAUUUAGAUGGAAAUAAGCUAAUUGAAUAUGAAGAAGUAAUUGAUCUAUAUUUUAAGUAGUUUAAAACUCUUUAUAGAGCUAUUCACAUUUAAUAAAUGCAGACUGAAAAUUUAUUAUAGAUCUUCUUAAUAAAUGCAGACUUUGCUGAUGAAUAAGGAGAUAAAUACAUUACAUUACCUCGAUUUACUGAAAUGGCAAUCGAAUUAAAUAUAUUUCCUAAAGAUGCAGUUAAAAAAUAUGGAGAAGGCAGUGAAAAAAUUAAAGAACAUUGGGAAACAGAAAAAAACACCAUAAAACUGAGAUUUUUAGAAGCUAAAUAAUUUUCAAAAGUCAAACAUACCUUUGAAGAAUUAGAUAAUUUAAUUAAUAAUGAUAAAAAAGAAAUUUAAAGUAAAAUAUUUACAAAUAUAAAUUUAGAUAUAUUAUGGAUGAGUUAUAAACUUCUUAAUGAAUAAUCUUUAAGAGUCUAUCUAAAGUAAAAUUACUAAUUAUUUUAAGAUUUUUAAGUAAGCAGUGUCUUUUUGAAUUAUUACCUUAGGAAAUUCUAUAAAUUAAUAAACAUUAUAAAUAAUUAGAUACGAUUGAAUGA